CCAUACAUUUGACGACUUGGGCUUCAAACCCUAAAGUAAUCUUUGCCGUUGUAAAUGCGUUCAGUGCCCUCGACGCUGUCGCGAGAGCGGAUGUUAGUGAAUGAGAGAAAAGGGGAAUUGUUGGCCCCUCAGUUGCAGCCUGUGGACGCCUCCCUAGGAAAUCGCCACCCAGGUUUAUGGAAACAGCCUGAGGUUCUCCGGCAUCGUGCAGCCUCAGCAAAGUCUGGGGCAUCUUGCAAAAGCAGUUUCUUCACGUAACAUGUAAUAGAGGGCAAGUUUCUAUUUGCCUAAUGCAAAUAAUGCCGGUCUUUGAAACGUUAAAUCUUUUUUGAGAAAACAAAUUUGGCCUUUAAUUGCCAGUGCCUGCAGUUAUUUAUUUAUUUUUUCCCUUGGGUAGGCUCUGGCUAAAAGAAAAUGGUCUAGGGUGAGAUAAGAUUUGGGCGAGCAGAGAAGUAACUCUUUUGCUCCCAACUAUUCUGUCUCCCACAGCCCAGACUUUCAAAUCUCAUCCUUCCCUUGCUGCCCUCGCGGGGUGCUCCCCAGUGGGGGUGGGGGAACCGGCAGUGCGCUUGGCUUUCCCUCUGCCCCCGGAGAGGAACUUUAAAUGCAAAGAGGGGCACGAAGAGGAGAUAAGAGCCACCAGGAUAAGAGUGGCUAGAGGAAGAGGCGAGACAUGUUCUCCAGGAAACAGCCCCCUGCCCCGGCUCGGGAAGAGAGCUACCGCCCAGCGCGGGCCCCGGAGCAGGUCUUGGGAGCUGUUGACAAUAACAUGGGUGAUGGCUGCUCUCAGAAGGCGGCUACUGCUAAUAUUCUCCGCUUCCUGUUGCUGGUGUUGAUUCCGUGUAUCUGUGCACUCAUCGUCCUGCUGGUGAUCCUGCUUUCCUUUGUUGGAACAUUAAAAAAAGCUUAUUUUAAAUCAAAUGGGAGUGAACCUUUGGUCACUGAUGGUGAAGUUCAAGUGUCUGAUAUUAUUGCUACAAAUACAAUUUGUAACAAGAGCACUGUGACAUCUGCUACGCAUCCCAAUCAACACAUUCCAGCCUGGACCACAGAUGCUUCUCUCCCAGGGGACCAAAAUCACAAGAACACAAGUGCCUGUGUGAACAUCACCCACAGUCAGUGUCAGAUGCUGCCCUACCAAACCACGCUAACACCCUUCUUCUCGAUUGUCAAAAACAUGGAAGUGGAGAAGUUCCUCAAGUUCUUCAUGUACCUCCAUCGCCUCAGCUGCUAUCAACAUAUCAUGCUUUUCGGCUGUAGCCUCGCCUUCCCCGAGUGUGUUGGUGAUGGUGAUGACAGCCGUGGACUCCUGCCCUGUAAGUCUUUCUGUGAGGCUGCAAAAGAGGGCUGUGAAUCAGUCCUAGGGAUGGUGAACGCCUCCUGGCCCGGUUUCCUCACCUGCUCCCAGUUUAGAAACCAAACCGAAAGCAGCAACGUCAGCAGAAUUUGCUUCUCUCCACAACAGGAAAAAGGCAAGCAAUCGCUCUGCGGGGGCGGCGAGAGCUUUCUGUGCGCCAGCGGCCUCUGCGUGCCCGGGAAGCUGCGGUGCAACGGGCACAACGACUGCGACGACUGGAGCGACGAGGCCCACUGCAAUUGCAGUGAGAAUAUGUUCCACUGUCACACAGGCAAGUGCCUCAAUUCUAGCCUCGUGUGUGAUGGAUACGAUGACUGCGGGGACCUGAGUGAUGAGCAGAACUGUGAUUGCAGUCCCACAAGGGAGCACCGCUGUGGAGAUGGGCGCUGCAUCGCAAUAGAGUGGGUGUGUGACGGUGACCAUGACUGUGUGGAUAAGUCUGACGAAGUCAACUGCUCCUGUCACAGCCAGGGUCUGGCCGAGUGCCGGAGCGGACAGUGUAUCCCCAGCACCUUCCAGUGCGACGGGGACGAGGACUGCAGGGACGGCACGGACGAGGAGAACUGCAGCCAGAGUCAGACUCCAUGUCAAGAAGGCGACCAAAGAUGCCUCUACACUUCCUGCCUUGAUUCAUGUGGUGGCAGCUCCCUAUGUGACCCGAACAACUGUAGUCAGUGUGAACCAAUUACAUUGGAACUCUGCAUGAAUUUACCCUACAACCAUACAAUUUAUCCAAAUUACCUGGGCCACAGGACUCAGAAGGAGGCGUCCAUCAGCUGGGAGUCCUCUCUUUUCCCAGCUCUUGUUCAAACCAACUGUUACAAAUACCUCAUGUUCUUUGCUUGCACCAUUUUGGUACCAAAGUGUGACGUGAACACAAGCCAGCGGAUCCCACCUUGCAGAGCCCUGUGUGAGCACUCCAAAGAACACUGCGAGUCUGUCCUUGGGGUUGUGGGCCUACAGUGGCCUGAAGACACAGACUGCAAUCAAUUUCCAGAGGAAAAUUCAGACAACCAAACCUGUCUAAUGCCUGACGAAGCUGUGGAAGAAUGCUCACCUAGUCACUUCAAGUGUGGCUCUGGACGGUGUGUUCUGGCUUCCAGAAGAUGUGAUGGCCAGGCCGACUGUGAUGAUGACAGUGACGAAGAAAACUGUGGCUGUAGAGAGAGAGAUCUGUGGGAAUGUCCAUCCAAUAAGCAAUGCUUGAAGCAUACAGUCAUCUGUGAUGGGUUCCCCGACUGUCCUGAUGGCAUGGACGAGAAGAACUGUUCGUUUUGCCAGGACGAUGAACUCGAAUGCGCGAACCAUGAGUGUGUGUCCCGUGAGCGCUGGUGUGACGGGGCAGCCGACUGCGUGGACAGUUCUGACGAGUGGGACUGUGUGACCCUCUCCAAAAACGUGAGCUCCUCUUCGUUCCUGAUGGCUCACAGAUCUGCCAUAGACCACCACGUGUGCGCGGACGGCUGGCAGGAGACGUUAAGUCGGCUGGCCUGCAAGCAGAUGGGUUUAGGAGAACCAUCUGUGACCGAACUGGUCCAGGAACAGGAGCAAGACCAGCUGUGGCUGACAUUACACUCCAGCUGGGAGAGCCUCAAUGGGACCACUUUGCAUGAACUGCUGGUAAAAGGGCAGGCUUGUCAUAGCAGAAGUAAGAUUUCUCUUCUGUGUACUAAACAAGACUGUGGGCGUCGUCCUGCUGCCCGAAUGAACAAGAGGAUCCUUGGGGGUCGGACAAGUCGCCCUGGAAGGUGGCCAUGGCAGUGUUCCCUGCAGAGUGAACCCAGUGGACAUAUUUGUGGCUGUGUCCUCAUUGCCAGGAAGUGGGUCCUGACGGUCGCCCACUGCUUCGAGGGGCGAGAGAACGCUGCCGUCUGGAAAGUGGUGUUUGGCAUCAACAAUCUGGACCACCCGUCGACGUUCAUGCAGACACGCCUGGUGAAGACCAUUGUCCUGCACCCUCGCUAUAGCCGAGCUGUGGUGGACUAUGACAUCAGCAUCGUGGAGCUAAGCGAAGGCAUCAAUGAAACCAGCUACGUCCGGCCGGUCUGCUUGCCCAGCUCAGAGCAGGGCUUGGAACCCGAUACGUACUGCUACAUCACAGGCUGGGGGCACAUGGGCAACAAAAUGCCUUUUAAGCUGCAAGAGGGAGAGGUCCGCAUCAUCUCCCUGGAGCAGUGCCAGUCCUACUUCGACAUGAAGACCAUCACCGCGCGGAUGAUAUGCGCCGGCUACGAGUCUGGUACCGUGGACUCGUGCAUGGGUGACAGCGGUGGGCCCCUUGUUUGCGAGCAGCCUGGAGGACAGUGGACAUUAUUUGGUUUAACGUCGUGGGGCUCCAUCUGCUUUUCCAAAGUCCUGGGGCCUGGAGUUUAUAGCAAUGUGUCCUACUUCGUCGAAUGGAUUGAAAGACAAAUAUACAUCCGUACCUUUCUCCUGAACUAAUUCCAAAGAUGAUGCGAGACUUUUGCCAGCUGCACUCAAAGAAAAUGGCCUUGUCGACUGUGGAGAGCUUCCUGCAGAGAGCUGUCCAGAAGCACUUUUCACGGACAGGGAUGCUCAGCAGUACACUGCAAAUGUUCAUGUUUGUUUUGAUCUAAUUUUAUUCAGUUUUUUCAACUUCAGUUUUCUCUUGCUUCAAGUUUAAUGACAGUCUUUAAAAAAAAAAAA